AUGGAAUUGCCGAGCAGUUGCCCAACUUGCAGAGUCUUGGGGUUAGCCAGCCAGCACACAUCGGGGACCUGUUGGUGGAGGAUUUGGAGGAGGCGGGACUUUCACGCGUGCAAAUUCGUCAGCUGCAGCGGGCGGUGUCCAGAGGGCCACUGUCCGAUAGCAGAGCUAUCCUGCACCGCUUUCACCCUCUCGAAUUUGCGCGCAACCCGAUGUACAGCAACUGUCGACUCUCAAGGAGUCUGGACAGCACUGCGCCAAGCAAUGCGGGCACUCAAUUCCCGGAGCAUGCCAUGCAGAGAGGAUCACAUCAUACCAGAAGACGAGCCGAAGCCGGCCAAGCAGCUUCCGCAGCCAGGGCCAGAAAGGCUGCCAGAUGACCGAGUACCGACUGACCCGCCAGUGGCGCGGGUUGCGUCACCUAGCCAGGACAGCCAAGCGGCUGAAAACAUUGAGAACGAGCCUCCAAGCAAUUUGGCAAACGGAGUGGAGAAGAAGCCGCAGCCAGGCAAGCCCCCUUUGUACAAAAAUGCCUCGAGCGGGGCGCUCGAUGCCAAUCGCCCUGUGAAGCCCGCAUUUUCCACCGAAUCGCCUAAAGGCCGGAGUUCUGACGUGGUGGGACAACCUGCCCUGAGUGGCCUCGAUCGUGACUCAGCCGAUCUGCCAGCUCCCGCGGAUGACAUGGAACUGGACUUCAGCGAGCUGCAGUCUGAAAGUGAAGCGGACUUUGAUGUCACCCUUCUGCCAGAGCUGGCGCAGCCAACGCCCAGCUGGAGGGAUCCUGGGCAACCAUUGCCCGAGAUCCGGCAUGCCACGCAGCAGUCGGAGCCCACAAAGCCCACGAAGCCUAUGAGGCGCGUGGAGGAGCCCUUCGGCGCAGGGCCGCAGCCCAGCAUCGAAGGCCCAAUGCCCAGCUCGCAGCUGCCGCCAGCGUUGCGGCAGCGCCUGGAGGCCCGGGAGGAAUCAAGAAAAGCGCAGCAACGCAAGCGAGAAGGAUCUACAGACCGGCUGGAGAUUCACGCUAGGGGAAUUUCACCUGGCCGAGCAGCGCCGCGAGAAGGGAGCGUUCAGAGCCGCAAAAGCAGCCCAAAGCGCGAGCCUUCUCAGACUGACGUGAACCGACCAGGGAGGCAGAUGUUCAACAAGAAUGAGCUGCGGGCUGCAAACCGGGAGCUCUUCACAGAUGCAAUCGAGAAGUAUCAGGCCAAGUUUGCGGCAGCAAACUCCGAUUCUGCAACGGACGAGUGCACGCUACUUCCAGGCUGCAAGCCGGUUCAGGUGUACGUCCGCAAGCGUCCGUUAUUCUCGCAUGAGGAAUCAAAGCGCAAUGACUUUGACGUGCUCUCCGUGCUUCCUGGUCCCAGCACACACCUGGUUUUGCACAACUGUUUAUUCCAAGCUGACCUUCGCACGCCGAUGGUCCAUCAUUUACGCUUCGCCUUUGAUCAUGUAUUUUCUCACGAGGCGGGCGAUGAGGAAGUAUACCGGGUCGCAGCAGCACCUUUGGUUGAGUCUGCGAAGCGUGGCCAAACUGGCACGGUGCUGAUGUUUGGACAAACGGGCAGCGGCAAGACUCACACCAUCAAGGCCAUCGAGCGCCUCGCUGCUCAGAGCCUGUUUGAGGGCCGCGCCAGUUCGGCAAGUCUGACUUUGGUUGAGCUGCGGGGCGCACGGUGCUUCGACCUGCUGGCACCGCAGAUGCCGGAGCUGCGGCUGCGGGAGCGCCAAGGCGUGUUUGCGCCAGAGAAGGCCGUGGAGUUGUGCCUGCAGAGUGCGGACGAUUUGAUCGCCGCAUUCCAGUCCGCCAGGCAGCGGCGCGCCACCUGCGCCACCGAGGCCAACGAUGAGAGCUCUCGCAGCCACGCGGUGUGCGUCCUGAGGGUGGGCUCUGGGACCUUGACGCUGGUGGACUGCGCAGGCACUGAGCGUCGCAAAGAUUCGGCGAACCACACCAAGGAGCGGCAGCAGGAAGGAGCGGAGAUCAACGCAUCGCUGCACGCGCUGAAAGAGUGCGUUCGCUUCAUGUCCAAGCGCCAGCGUGUACCAGCACAUGCCUUCCGUGGAUCGGCGCUCACCAAGGUGCUUGCAGCAUCCCUGUCUUGCCCGGAGACCUUGCUGUCGGUGAUUUGCACAGUGGCACCUGCUGCUUCAGACACCGAGCAUACGCUUUCAACAUUGCGGACAGGUGCCGCUCUUCGGCCAAAGGCAGCUGGACAUGAUGUGGACAAGGAGGUCUUGCAGACAAAUGCAACAAAGCGAGAUCCACAUCCAAGGCAGUGGUCCCCUCACCAAGUCCAGUCCUGGCUCAAGCAGCUGCAAGACGGCUUGUUCUCCGAUGUUUGCGCUGCGAUACCUGCAGAGUUCACUGGCCAGAUGCUCGUACGCCUCAGCGAGGGGCACUGCGGCGCUUGCUUUUCGACUUGCUGCACCAAGCGAUGCGAGGCGCUGACUUGGCUCGGCCACAGUGAGGAAAAAGAUGGAUGGGCGCAAGGUUUGGCACACCCGGGCCUCAUGGCUCACCCUGUGCUGCCUCAUCAGCGGCUUCACAGGACUGACCACGCGCCAAUCGGCAUCCUUGCGCAUGUGUGCACGGCAAGGCUUGCCUGUGACGCAGAGGAUUCCUUAUUGGUGCAGCUGCAUCGGGAGUCGCACAACAAGACAGACAGUGCCAUCACUGUGCAGGCGGCUGCACAAGUCAGACGAGAUUUGUUGACAUUGCAAGACUUCCAAAAGAAUAGCAACGCAUGCUAUGACCGCAGCGUGGGCAACGGCUGGGCUGUCGUCGACGCGCACUUUCAUGCUCGCCCCUUUGGGGGGCCACCAGUUCCGUUCACUGACCUCUUGGGCUGGUUGAGGAGAGCUGGCAUCCUUUUUACUACUCUUUAUGGGAUAGGCCAAAGGCUGCCCAUUGAUUCAGAAUGUACCUAUUACUUGGAUUGUCCCGGGACCAAAGUAGUUCCAAGCUUGAAGAACGACUUCUUCAACGCCCAGAGCGUGUUGGACAAUGCGGAGGACUUAGCGGCUGACCCAUACGGUCCGCACAUUUCACUAUCGAUGUCCUUUCUGGACUUGCACGAACCCAACUUGAAUGUGCCAAACAUUACGCUUUUGCAAAAGGAGUUCCCAGGCAUGUUCAAUUGGGCCGGUGAGAUCAACCUGGUCAAGCAAGCUUUGUGGAAGAACCUGCAGGGACUACCGGUGGAGCUAGAGUCCAUCAAGGAGUGGGAGUCUUUUAUGGCGGAGUUCCGAAGGCAAGACAUCCCAAUGGCCUUGCAUGCGGACCUUGGCGAUGACAAAGAUGGCUUGAAAUUUCUUCCUUUGAUGGAUGAGGUCUUGAGACUGUAUCCUGCAAACAAGAUCAUUUGGGUGCACAUGGCCGGGAUUUCGAAGCAGCUCAAUCCCCAGUUGGCCUUGCUUCAGCAGCCCGUAACUAUUCAAUCUCAUGUGAAGCUGAUCGAGGAACGACUGCAGAAGUACCCCAAGCUGUUCAUUGACCUGUCAUGGGACGUUUUGUAUGAUGAGCUUUACGCAUCUCCAACAGAAGAAAGUCAAUAUGUCAGGCUGAUCAACAAGUACCCGCGACGCUUUAUCAGUGGUUCUGACCAUUUAGCUUCAGCCAGUAAGACAGAGAGCAUAUAUAGAGGCGAAGUCAACAAAACCAGCGCGAUCUAUCGCGACCUCAGUGAUGAUGCCUUUCGACGUGUCGCCCUGGGGCAGAACUACUUCGAUCUUGCAGGCCUAGACUACUCCGCGCCGCGGAUCUGCGCGGGCUCUCAGGACUCGCAGAAGGUGCAUGGCAUUGCCCUGAAGGCCAUUGGGGCGGCAAAGGGGGAGACAGCGAAACUUGUUGCUAUGACGAAGGCGCUCAGGCCGAACGAUGGCCAACUGUCUCUGGAAGACUUUGAGUUUUCAAGCAGCGUUUGCUACAACCGGAACACCUCCUCCCAGUGGGCAGUGGUCGAUGCUCACCUGCAUGCUCGACCUUUUGGGGGUGCACCGGUGCCGUUUGGCGAGCUCAUGGAUAGGCUGCGUAACGCGGGCAUCCUUUUCACAACGCUCUAUGGCAUUGGGCAGCGCCUGCCGGUUGACUCCAACUGCACCUAUUACUUGGAUUGCCCGGGCACACCUGUGACACCCAGCCUGAAGAAUGACUUUUUCAAUGCUCAAAGCGUGCUGGACAAACGUGGCUUCUGGGACAAUGCUCAAACUAGCCCUGUCAUCACGCUUGCAAUGUCAUUCUUUGACUUGCAUGCGCCUGAGACAGUGCUGGAAAAGAUGAAGCUGUUGCAAGGAGAGUACCCGGGGAUGUUCAACUGGGUGGGUGAAAUCAACCUGGUGAAGCAGGCGUUGUGGAACAACUCUCAGGGCAAGCCAGUGCCUUUGAAUUCCAUCAGCACCUGGGAGCCCUUUAUGCAGGAGCUGCAGCAACAGGACAUCCCCAUGGCCAUCCACUGCGAUGUGGGCAAUGAUAACAAUGGAACACAGUUCUUGCCUCUCAUGGAUGAGGUGCUGAGACUGUAUCCUUCCAACAAGAUCAUUUGGGUGCACAUGGCAGGACUCUCCAAGCAGCUGGAUCCCAAGCUGAGGCUGCUUCAGAUCCCCUUGGCUAUUCAGGACCAUGUGAAGAUCAUUCAGGAGCGAUUGGAGAAGUAUCCUAACUUGUACAUCGAUCUCUCCUGGGAUGUCCUUUACGAUGAAGUGUACAAUGAUUUCUCAGAGGAAAGGCCGUACAUCAGCUUGAUCAACAAUAAUCCAACACGCUUUUUGAGUGGCUCUGAUCAUGUGGCGGCGAUCAGCAAGACAGAUGCCGAGUACAGGAACGAGUUGGCGAAGACCAACGCGAUCUAUCGGGAACUGUCUGAUGAAGCUUUCCGGAACAUUGCUCUUGGGGGGACUUACCUCAAGCUUGCUCAUUUGAAUCAGUAUCGGCCACCCUCGAUUUGCUCAGAACUUCAGGAAGGCAGAUCCUGGGUGAGCGCCUGGUCCAUGGCGCUGGGGCUAGUGAUCUUCACCCUGUGCAUGACCUGGAUCUUCGCAGAGACGCUCCGCCAAGCAUUGGCGACGUUUAUUGGACCAGAGGACGUGUCGGCCGCAUCUCUUACUUCGUGA